UGUUCUCCAACAGCUUUUGUUUACUCUGCAACUUGUAAGUUUAAAUGGAAAAUUCUGUUGGAUUAGUUCAGAGUAGGUAAUCAUGUGCCAUCAAGGUGUAAUAAAUCUUCUGUAUAUACUUAUUUACUAAACUCAAAUUUGUAGCGUGUAGCGACAUACCUGAUUAUGCCCCCUGCUUCAAUAGUCAUUUGGAACAGCGUGGCCUUGUUUACACAUCACCUGGUGACGUGUAUCGGAGUAUAAAUACCACAGGUACACAAUACAAUAGGUAAUGUGUAAGGGCCGGGUGUCUGUCCGCAGCAAUGGGAGGCAUAUUCUGUAAAUUAUUCCGGAAACGUCAAAUGAGAGUGUUGUUAAACGGGCUUGAUGCUGCAGGUAAAACAACAACUCUAUACAACCUCAGACUUGGGGAAGUCGUCACGACAAUUCCUACAAUCGGUUUUAACGUUGAGACGGUGGAGUAUAAAAAAAUACAGUUGGUGACUUGGGACGUUGGAGGCAGGGACAAAAUGCGGCCCCUGUAUAGACAUUACUACACCGGGACUGAUGCGGUUGUUUUUGUUGUUGACAGUAAUGAUAAAGAACGAACUGAAGAAGCCAAGAAGGAACUUCAUGCUAUCAUGAAGGAAGACAUGCUCAAUGAAGUGAUUAUUGUCAUAAUGGCUAACAAACAGGAUUUACCCGGAUCUAUGACUCCAGAGGAGGUCCACGAGAAACUGGACGUGGAUUCUAUCUGUAAAACUCACACGUGUAAAGUGUUUGGUACCUCAGCCACCACCGGUGAGGGACUGUAUGACAUGCUCGAUUGGCUUGUAGAGGCUGUCAAUAAGAAACAAGCAACAGCGAUACUGAGAGGAAAGGACGAGUGUGUAACUGUUGAAAAGGAUUCUAAGUCAUCAUACUUUACAACGCCUUUGUCAUAUAUCAAACACAUGUUUUCAAAAGUGUAAGGAAAGUUAAGUUCGAUUAUAUCACUAACGUCACAGUCACAAUACUGGUAUAAUAUAAAUAUUGCCAUUUUUAGUUUAAGCUGUAUUUUUUUUUUCAAUAUAUAGUAUAUGUAUACUAUAAAUUGAUUUACUAGUAGCCUACUUGGUACUUGUAUAUUGUUACAUGUAUAUGGUUUUGUUUCAUUUACUUACUGAUACUUGUUUUUAUCAUGAUACUGUUGAACACAUGAAAUUGCAUUAUCUUACUACAUGUAUUAUCUUAUUUCAAUAUCAUGUUAUGUUUGUUGUUUUAUUAAAACAUACAUUAAAGGAUCUGUAUGUCUCAUUAUUUGUAAUGAACCUGAUGUUAUAGGAUCUAGAUCUAUAUGUCCCAUUAUUUGUAAUUAACCUGGUGUUACAAGUUACAGAUGUAGGAGAUGGCUUACUUAUUGAUUCAGGAGAUGAUUGACUUACUGAUGUAGUAGGUGGUUCACGUGAUGAUGUAGUAGUUGGUUCACAUACUGAUGUAAGAGGAGACUCGCAUACUAAUCUAAUAUGUGGUUCACUUACUGGUGUAGUAGGUGGUUCACUUGCUGAUGUAGGGUAUGGCGUACCUAUUAAUUCAGGAGAUGGUUGACUUACUGAUGAAGUAGGUGGUUCACAUGCUGAUGUAGUGGGUGGUUCACAUGCUAAUGUAGUAGGUGGUUCACAUGGUGAUGAAGUAGGUGGUUCCCAUGGUGAUGUGGUAGGUGGUUCACACGCUGAUGUAGUAGGUGGUUCACUUGCUGAUGUAGGGUAUGGCUUACCUAUUGAUUCAGGAGAUGGUUUACCUGCUACAUAUCUCUGUAUGUAGGAGAUGGUUCACUUACUGAUGUAGGAAGUAUACAUAGUUCACGUUAUGAUGUAGUAUGUAGUAUUAUAAAGAGCCGGACCCAUUGAACAGUAAUUGGGAGAUGUAGGAGAUGGCUUACUUAUUGAUUCAGGAGAUGAUUGACUUACUGAUGUAGUAGGUGGUUCACGUGAUGAUGUAGUAGGUGGUUCACAUACUGAUGUAAGAGGAGACUCGAUUACUAAUCUAAUAUGUGGUUCACUUACUGGUGUAGUAGGUGGUUCACUUGCUGAUGUAGGGUAUGGCGUACCUAUUAAUUCAGGAGAUGGUUGACUUACUGAUGAAGUAGGUGGUUCACAUGCUGAUGUAGUGGGUGGUUCACAUGCUAAUGUAGUAGGUGGUUCACAUGGUGAUGAAGUAGGUGGUUCACAUGGUGAUGUGGUAGGUGGUUCACACGCUGAUGUAGUAGGUGGUUCACUUGCUGAUGUAGGGUAUGGCUUACCUAUUGAUUCAGGAGAUGGUUUACCUGCUACAUAUCUCUGUAUGUAGGAGAUGGUUCACUUACUGAUGUAGGAAGUAUACAUAGUUCACGUUCUGAUGUAGUAUGUAGUAUUAUAAAGAGCCGGACCCAUUGAACAGUAAUUGGGUGUGUUUUAUUAUAUUGCAUUUGAUUUUGAGAAAUAAUUUUUAAUUGUGUUACUAACAAAUUCGUUAUUUGAAUCAGUCUUUGAAAAAUGGAGCUAUAUACUACGAACAUAGUCAUAAUCAUAGGACAAGAAGGAGGAGGAUGUAGGCCAUCACCUCGUGACACAUUUUAUAAAGAAUCAAACAAAGAGAGAGUAAUGUUGCUUAAUUCAACAACAUUUUGUUUACAUGUCCUUAUGUAGUAUAGUUUUUGAUCUGCCGAUGAAAGAUGAUUUUCUCACACAUAUAACGUAUUGUUUUUAUUUGCAAAAACAUUGUCUGUAUGUGUGCGUUUAUGAGAUUACAUGAGCCAAUUGGUGAAGUACGACUUUGUCAUUACGAUACAAAGGGCUAUUUCCUCUGUAUCUUAUUCAAGAAAUGUCAAAUAUGUGUGUUGUUUAACGGACCUGAUCGCCAUGAUAAAACAACAGUUCUUUUAAACACAGACUGGGGAAAGUUGUUAAAACAAAAGGCUUAACGUGUAGGAGGUGAAACAUGAACAUUGGAGGCAGAGAUCUCCCUAUAGUGGAUACUUUGUUGACACUGACAUCUUAGUCUUCGUAGAUGAGAGGUUUUACAUGGGUCGAAUUGAAGACGCCCAGAAAGCAGCACUGAAUGAUAUGAAUUUGUCUGGAGGUAUGACUCCAGUAGAUAAACUGGACAUGGAGGAUGUCCACUACCCCAGGGUUACCCUGAUUACCGAGAAUGGACUAUCCAUAAAACCCACACCUGUACGCCUGUGAAUUAUAGUAUGAGAUACCUCAGUCACCACCCGGGAAGAAUUGUACUGGGUUGUAAAGGCUGCUGAGAUUCGAUAUUAAUGUCGUUUUGUUACAGUUGAACUAAAUGUUAAUAAAACCUUCUUUACGUCUCCUGA